AUGUCCGAUACAUGUAUCGUCUGUCUUGGAGACUUGAGCAGCGGUAAUGGUGAUGUUCCUGCUUCCCCGACCGUUGCCAAGUCUCCGUCAUCGAUCAAUGUCAAGGUCGAGGUCACGGAGACAUCUACUUCACUGAUCGGUGGUAAAGCGCCACAACAAGAAGAACCCAACAGUGAAGAACUCAUUGCACAUCUUCGUCCGUGUGGGCAUUACCUUCACAAUGAAUGUCUAACACCAUGGGUGGAGAGGGCCAACAGUUGCCCGAUCUGUCGCGCCAGUUUUCACCUCGUCGAACUCAUGCACACCAUUAAUGGCGAUGUUAUCUCCUCAUACCUUGUCGAAGACCGUACCCAAAUGGCGGAGUUGGACCCUUCCAUGUUCCUCGAGAUCCCUGAAGAAGACGACGAAGACCAGCCAUGUCAGGCCUGUGGAGAGGACGACAAUGAAGAUGUGCUGAUGUACUGCGACGGCUGUCAAAAAUUGUGGCAUACCUAUUGUGUCGAUCUUCAAGAGGUGCCUUAUGGCCAUUGGUUUUGUGACGGCUGCAGAGCGCAGCGAGAGGUCAACCCUCGCCUCCAAGGCGUCGCACCUCGUUCACGUCGAGUAACCCGUCGGCGCACCAGAGGCCAACAAAGGCGACAACGUGGAAACGAUUCUAGUUGGAACCAAGUGUGGCAAUCUGUAUGGUCACGAAUCAACCUCGAUCUUGACUUCCCCUAUGAGGAGGAUGACUCGGCCACUUAUUUGCGACGCCACCGCCAAUACACCCAGGCUAGUCGACAGGCUCAUGACGCUUGGUCACGCCGUAUGCAGGUUGCUGAACUCCAAGGAGCCGGAAGUCGUUUUAGGGAGACAGAACCAGCCGUGUCAUCUAGUCCUGGAGCAGUUCAUACCCCAUCCACCCGACCCACUCGGCCUUCACCCGUACGCCAGGUUGAGAACGCAGACGAGCUCAUGGCGUGGCAUGCAUUCGAGCAGGCUCGCGCCUCGUCAUCUGGGCCAAGCUCGUCACGCAAGAGGAAGAGAAGAUCAGGCACCAGCUCACCGGCUGAACCUCAGAAUGAAUCUGCUGCUAUAGUGAUCAAGCGCCGCAGACGACCAAGCGUCCCCAUUCGUUGCGCAUCCGACAAUAGUGCAUCUAGUGCCACCAAUCCUGCACCCCAACAAUCGUCCCGCCCGGCGAGUCCUAUCCCCAGGCGGCAGUUGACUGUCGAGCAAGGAGCACCAAGUUUCUUGCAGUCACUGUUACAGGAAGUAGAAGAGUCUUCAUCCACAGCACACAGCAUGCGCAUGCAUCGACCAUCACCCCGACCUGCACCUAGCCCACCGGCCGAACAGUUCUCGCCACAACCGUCUUCUCCAGCCCUUUCUCCACUACCCUCAAACCAUUCCUCACCGAGAGCGAUGUCUGCAACUCCACCGCCGCUAACUGCUCUAAGGCCCGGCUCGCCUGCUGGCUUGACCUCAAGUAUCCAACCCGUUUUCCCCUUGACCGAGUAUUCACCGAUGCGUCCUACUUCCCCGGAGCCAGGUGGGCCGAGCUCUGGAGAGUUACCUGCUGCCCGCACCAAUGGACAGAGCUCUGCCGGAAAUGGCGCCUCUCCGGGGGUAAACCUGGUGCAGCCUAGGCCACGGACCCGUAUCCCGCGUGUUUUAGACAGCGCUUCCAGUCCCGUCAUGCAGCCACGAUCAACCAAUGCAUCUCCCACACGAGUAACCAUGUCCUUAACCGCAAAGGCCGACGUGCAAAGGCUUGUGGCGACCGCUCUGAAGCCACAUUAUCAUGACCAAGCCAUCACGAAGGAUGAAUAUACUAUCAUCAACCGCGAUAUUUCCCGAAUGCUCUAUGACAGAAUCGGGGAUUUCGAGGCACUUGACGUUGAUGGAAAAGCAAAAUGGGAGAAGGUAGCAGGCGACGAGGUGGACCGAGCCGUCAAUGCGCUCAAGGCUCGCGUACGAUGA